UGUUGACAAAUUGUCAAGAAAAAAAUACUUAUAUUAAAAAUUUACUAUUUACGCCUCGAUUUUUCGUUUUAAGUUUAGAAGUGUUGGUCGUUGGAAAAUAAGACCAAAUUUUUAUAGAAGCCAUGUAAUAUUCCUUCAAAAAUAAGUUUAAAUAUAAAGAAUAGAAUGGAAGGUCUAACACAAAAUGAAAAGAUUAUAUGGAACUCUUGGGAACAAAAGGCUACAAGAGAUGUUGUCCGCGAAGCAGCUGCAAAGGGGACUCAUAUAGGCUUAGCCGUAAAAUAUUUAAUGACCAAAAAUGCUUGGAGUGAAUCAACAGCCAACGAUUGGUUUAUAGCAGAGGUAAAAUCCUGGACAGUGCAAUUGUUAUUAAGAAAGCAAAUUCAUAAAGUGCUUCAUAUUUUAAACAAAGUGGAGAUAAAUCCAGAAGAUCAUCUAAUGACUCUGGCGCAGUCAGCAACACAAAUUGAAUACAGAGAUUUCCUAGUUGAACACUUGAAAAAAAUUUCCAAAGACAUAAAAAGUGAAAACAUUAGUCGCUGGGAAAACUUUCAUAGACAUUGGAAUCUUCUAAGAUAUCUGGAGAAAUCCUUCGAAGUUGACGGCACGUUUAAACAGAACAAAGUAUUUGGUAGUUGUGCUGAUAGGGUCUUUGUCAAUGAGAGUGAAAUAAAAGCAUUAACAAUUGAAAAAAUUGAGAAGUAUCCAAGUGAGUGGAAAAGUAAAAUUGCUACGAGUCUCUUCUUUGAAAAAUUUGAAUUUUCUCUCUUAGAAUUUACAUCACCCACCCAUGCAUGGGUUUAUUUAGUGGAAAAUAAUAAAGCAAUGAUACUUGUGAGAUGGAUUAAUGUUCAACUCUCAGAAGUAGUCCGAGAUAUGAAUGCCAGAUACAACUUUUUUAACAAUGAGAAUUUUAUGAGGAAACUUCUUAAUAUAGACACAAAAGGCUUUGAUGUUAAUCUUUUGGAAAAGUUGGAUAAUAUUUUUCGUAUAUGGCCUGUUACAAAUGACAUGAUAGAAUUUGUCACAAAAAGUAAUUGUUUCCUUUAUACCAAAAUGUGUGUAUACGACACAUUGUCAUCUUAUGGGAUUGUAAUUGAAGAGGAACGUAAAAACAUAUUUCAAAUCAUUAAGAGAUUAUCUCGGACGCAAAACUUAAAAAUGAUUGACGAUGUAUUCUCUGAAUCCUGUGCAACAUUGUCCAUCCAAGAUUUCUAUUUGGAGCUAGCAAAAUAUCUUGUUAAAAAUAAACUUUACAAGGCUCUUACGAUUUGCAUUGAUAGCCACAUGUUAAACAUAGAUUUAUCAAAUGUAGAGGUGGAAGCUAAAGAUUGUAUCGAGCUCUGGCUGUUAUUUAAAAGCAUAGAACAGACAUCAGAUAGACAGAGUCAUGUUGUCCCUGUGUACAAAACUUGUCAACAGAUUGCUAAAAAUGAUAUUGAUAAUUAUAUAUCUGCAAAUCCACAGUUAUUCAUUGGUAUGAUUUUACUUGAAGAUUCAGCAAGUUUGUUUGACAUUUUUUUGAAAGAAGAUUACUUGGAGUUCAAAGAUUUUAAACUUCCAAACAAAGGAUACAGAAACAAACUUCCACACAUGUAUAAUGUAUAUAAUAAAUAUUGUGAUUCGAACAAUACAUAUGAGUGUAGAGAUGUUAAUGUAUAUCAAUUGCUUUCUGGCUACCGUGGUCUGGACAUAUCCAAAAUAUUCGAGUUUCAAUUAAUGAAUUUAAAUAUAAAUCACAUAGCUACUGAUAAAUCUGAUAGACGUAGUUUGGGAAGUCUAUUGUCACAUGAUGUAGAUAUUAGUGAAUUGAAAUCCUUAUCACAUCAUUCAAUUGAAAUGCCAGAUUUUGCCAACGAAAAACUCAUGAAAAAAUAUGGAUACGAUGCAAAAUUAAAUCACAUGUAUUAUUUAAAGCAAUAUCGCCCCUGUAAUGCAAGUCAGGCAUUCGUCUCUCAACAAUAUUUAACGCACAAUCGUCUUCAGGACAAGAACAUAAAGAGUGCUUGCUGUGAAGCGCAUGCUCUGGCAUUACAAAACUGCUUUGAUUCGGCGAUGACAGCAUGUGCUAUAUCUUUCGUAGCCAUGAUCGGCUGUAAUCCAACAAGGUGUAGAGUGCAUAUUUCAGCUGCACACAUGAUAAGAGAAUUCUUUGUUUCUCACAAAAAGCUUUCUGAAUUAGAAGCCAAUAAACAAGUCGGUGACUUUAUGGCAAAGUUAAUUCAGAGUCACGAUGAUACUGCUAAAACAAUACUCAAAUACUUAGAGGAAAUAACUCUUAUUAAAACGCGGGAGUUGAAACAAUCCACAGGACGACAUGACAUGUCGGUCGUACUCUUUGAAUCACAAAUCGUGGUUAAGUUUGCGGUGUUACAUAAUUUACCAUUACCGGAAAUGCAGUUACGCGAAUUCAUAAAAGAGAAUUCUUGGUUUAACUUUUUGCUUUUCGGCGAUGUAUUUAGAUAUCCUUUAAACCAAAUGCUUCAACUGUCACAAGAGUUCGAGAAGAAAUCAUAUGCUGAACACCUGAAGCAUAUAAUGUUGCACAAGACUGUGGAAGAGGAGAAGGAACACAAGUAUGUUCCGAGCAAUGGACAAAGAAGAUUAAUGAGGCUGAAUUCAGUCGAUUGUAGUCCAACCCAAAGCAUGGUAUUCGAUUUUCCAUCCGACUCCUUCAUGGGACGGGAGUUGUGGGAGGUGGCGGCUGCGUGCCACGGGCCGGAGGAUCCUCCGGCCGCGUUGCUGCGAGCUGCUGAUUUGUACCGGGAGCCCUUACUCGUACUCAUCGCUAGCUGUUAUGAGCCAAAUGCCGUGGACGUUCUAUGGGCGCAUUGGAUUCUUUCAUCUAUAGAUUUAACCACGUGCAAUCGCCAAGAGCUUCAAUCUGAAAUAACUGGAAAGCCUCCGGCUCAAUUGUUCCUCACACUCGCUAAAGUCUGUCUUAUCGAAGGAUAUAUCACGACUUUGUACGAAUCUACGCUCAUAUUCAUGACGGAUAACUUACUAGCCCUGUUGGCGUUAUUUCUUUAUCGAUGUAUUCGAUUGCGACUCUUUGAUAAUGAAACAAACAAGUAUCUAAACAGUUUCUUACAACAAUGCCAAAGAAAAUACAGCACUGAAAGCAAUGGUUCGCCGUGGGAUCUAUCGACCAAAGCGUUACAAAUGAUAUCUGUAGAGCUAGUAAAGACCGCCCUUAGUAAUAACUUUGAUAGUGCUUUUCAUCAAAAGGAAUUUUUGAAAUGCUUAGCCGAGAAUGAGUUUGGAAAGUCAUUUAUAGGUACAUGUCCCCAUUUUGCGACUAUGUAUGAAAUCAUGAAAAUAUCUAUGGAAACCUGUCAUAUUAUAAACGUACCAAAAAUGCUAGAAGAUGAAUCGGACAAAUAUUUGUCUGAAUGUAUUGACAUGUAUAAGAACAAUUGCAAUUAUGAUGUAGCGUUCAAAAUAGCAAAAUUAGCUGGUUUGCCCAUAGACGAUAUAGUUAUCACAGAAUGGCGUCGCAAAUCCACCGAUUUUUUGGAUGAUGUAGACCGGGAGACUCCAUUAAGUGAUGAGGAUCUGGUAAAGUUUAUUGCGGAAUGUAGCGGCGUCCUUAAAGAGUCAGGUGUCACUUGUAAACAAGCUACCGAGUUCCUCAAUAGCCUUGUCAAUAACAUAACAGAUGGAAAGCAAAAGUUUUAUGCGCACAGACUUGUGAUGAGUUGGUUUGAUGAAAACCAUGAAUAUGGAAGUGAUCGAGAAGUCACAGAGCAUGGCAUGUGGGAGGCGUAUUUCAAAUGCGAAAAUCAGGACCAAAUAUUCUUAGACAACUAUGUAAGUACGCUGCAUUUUGCGACAAGCUUACAAAAGAAUGCAAGUGAAUCUCGUAAGUUUGGUGUGGUGAAUUCGGAAGAACCGUUUUCAAUGACGCUACAUGAAAUUGAAGUAGAAUCAGAUGUGGGCAAUAUUGAAAAAGUUGUUAUUUUAGAGGAUGAAGAAAUUGACAUUUGGCGAAAAACGAUCAAUCGACUUUUGGAAAUGCGACUCAUCGUGGAGGCGUUUCGUUUAUCAAAGUUAUUCAAGAUUUCUGAUGAAUAUUUGUGCAGAUCUGCUUGCCCAGUGCAAAUAAUGAGAACAUGUCUCAAAUUGGCGGAAGGGACGUGCUCGCCUUAUGAAUUGCCACAAGAGCUUCGUUUAAUUAUAUCAUCGCCAACAUUACAAAACAAAUUGUCACUGUCUGAAACGUCAGACGCCAGUUUCGAAGAGCUGGUGGUGAUACAAGAGAGACAAGAUAGCGACAGUGUGCCGCACCUGGCUGUGCGGCAGGAGGCUGAUCGGCUGUCAGCUUUGGAUGCUCUGGCCGUUAGAAGCGGUCUUGCUGUUGCGAAGCAGAUUGCAAAUUACUUCAGAAUAGCUCUUCAAAUAGGCUGGGAUUAUAUGUCGGUAUUGAAAUAUCAAAACCGAGCUUUAGAUUUCAUCAGCCUGGUUAGUGGAAAAUCUCGAAUGACGUUGGCCAAUCUUGUCUUUAGGACAUUCAAUGUGCCCACGAAACAGAUUGCUGACUAUUUAUGCAGAGAAAUGGUGUCAGCUAUUAUAUCGCCACAUUUGGUCAAAACAUCCACAUUUCGGCAAAAGGAACAUUUCCAAUACACACUUUGGGGUUAUGUUCUCGAUUCAGACAUCGAAAUGUUUCUAAAUAUGCGACCCGACGCUUGCAGCCACAUUGGAAGGCUUAUUCUAGAUCAUUUAAUAGCUUUUCAAAAAAUUUACAAAGCCAGCGAUUCGAUAAAAAUCCCUGAAAACGUUUUUGAUGAUAGUUGUCUCGAUGUGGAAACUUUAAUUGAUGAAGAGUAUCAAAAUCUAGAGGGCGAUGAAAUUGAAUCCAUAUUAACUGAAGAAGGAACAUUGAUGUCGGCUGAAACUGAGUCUAUGUUUUCGGUAUCAACUGUCUAUACGGCAGGGAAUAAGCUGACGAAAGAUUCUAGAAGAAAUCUAUUUGAUGUGAUAUCUAAGAGCAACGUCCACAUUCGCUACGAAGUCAAAUCGAGCAUAAGGAAAAUAACCAAAGGAGCUAAAUUGUCGUCCAAACAGGUGAACACAAUAUCAAUAGAGCUGCUAGUGCUGGCACACGAGUGCUUCUCGUGCGCGUGCGACACGGAGGGCGUGGCGGUGGUGCUGCGGUCCGCGCAGGCGCUGGCCGCCCGCCUGCUGGCCGCGCGCUCGUGGCGCCUCAUGGUGCGCCUGCUCACCGGCCUCGCGCGCUACACCGAGUGCGCGUACAUACUGCAGGCUCUACGGGAAAAUCACCAGUUCGAAUAUCUCCUUGGACAAUUCGAUUACAUGCUCGGUCAGAAGCAAGAUAAAAUCGCCGAAUUCAAGCAUGGCCUGCUAGAUUUCCUCAAAACCCACUGUCCGGGUGACACGGACACCUACAUCAUGGUGUCAUUGCACUUCAACAUGUACGCAGAAGCGGCUAAUGUGAAGCGGAAGCAGGCGUUGGAUUUGAUCGACGACCUAGAGAAGAUGGCCACGGAUGCUGUGAAGGCGACUUCCAAGAAAUCGGCUCAGCCGGUCUGGCCACAAAUCCACGAUAAUGUGCCUACAAGGACAUUGUUGGAGACGGCGCUGAACCAUUGCAGCGAUGCGGCGGAGUUGUACCUCCAAGGGGGGUGUACGGGCAGUGCUGGGGAAAUGGCGUCACUCGCUCAAAGGAUUGCUUUACAGAUCUCGCUGAUGAACGCCUCGCCAACUAGACUCAUAUUGAAGAGGACAAAUGAACAGAUGUACACGUUGGUCAGCGAAUAUUUGAGUUUUAUGGAGGGUCUAGUUCUACUAACGGGGAGUGGAGGGGAGACCUGGCGUGAAUUGGCCUAUAGAAGAACUCUCGGCAAUGAUCAGGCCUAUCUUAGAGAUAUGGCCGCCUAUCGGCCAGAUAUUGCUCAUGAUUUUAUUAAUAGGUAUAAAACGGAAACGAAAAAGACACCGGUGUCCGUAGCAGCCAUGACGGAACUAAGGAAUCUGCUCAGAUGAUAUUUACUAAAAAUUCGAUAGAUCAUCGAUCUCAUUGUAAUUCUCAUACUAUUUACGCAUAUAUUAUCGAUAUUAUUUUAUUUUUAAUUCAUGAUAAAUUAUGUAUGAAUGCCAAAAAUUAUUGAAAAUGUAAAUCGCUUUUGUGCUAUAUGGUAAGUACUGUGAUAUGAUUAUGAAUCGACUGAUAAAGACAAAUAUUUUUAUAGAUUUACGAAUUGUAUAUAGGUAC